AUGGAUCUAGAAGAAGAUCAUUAUAUUCCACAAUUUCAACCUUCAAAUAAUCAUAUGAUUAUCUUAGUUCUAAUGGAUCUAGAAGAAGAUCAUUAUAUUUCACAAUUUCAAUCUUCAACUGACCAUAUGAUUAUCUUAGUUCUAAUGGAUCUAGAAGAAGAUCGUUAUAUUCCACAAUUUCAACCUUCAAAUAAUCAUAUGAUUAUCUUAGUUCUAAUGGAUCUAGAAGAAGAUCGUUGUAUUUCACAAUUUCAAUCUUCAAAUGAUCAUAUCAUUAUCUUGGUUCAAAUAAAUUUGCAGGAUAAAUAA